AUGCCUGAACCCGCAAAGUCUGCGCCCAAGAAGGGCUCAAAGAAAGCCUGCAAGGAGCGAAAGGGCAUUUCUCUGGCGGGGGUCAAGAAGGUCCUGGCCAGUAAAGGAGUAGAUACGACUAAAGCCAACAAGCGGAUCAACACGGCUGUCACCAAGUUGGUCAGCAAUGGUACCCUGGCUCAGACCAAAGGGACCGGGGCAUCCGGCUCCUUCAAGCUCCCCAAGGAUUCCCAAGCCGCUAAACCAGCCAAGAAGGUGGUGAAGAAGAAGGCUCCAGCAAAAGCCAAGAAGCCCGCCGCUAAGAAGGCCAGCACUCCUAAAAAACCCGCUGCUAAGAAAGCGGCAGCAGCCAAGAAGUCUCCUAAGAAGGCACCUGCCAAGAAAAGCGUGAAAAAGGUGACAAAGAAGAGCCCCAAAAAGGCCGCCCCUGCUGCCAAGAAGCCAAAGGCUGCUAAGAAGCCUGCAGCUAAGAAACCUGCAGCCAAGAAAGCUGCACCUAAAAAGGCUCCAGCUAAGAAGGCCAAGAAGUAGACUGCUACUUCCACCAGCACCCAGUGCACCAA